GGUUUGGUUCUGUGAUUCGAGAGUGAGCCUGAAUCUAGAUCAACUUUUACACAUACCGUGAUAGGAUAGCCCUCUAACAUUGUUCGUUUUGAUACUUGUCUCCUCAUUUUGGCCAUGGCACGUGCUUUGCAUUAACACGUGAUUCGGUUUAUCCCAAAGCGGCAUGGCCUAGUCCGAAGCGAGCCCACCAAACUUCAGUUUCCCAAAAUUCCCAGAAAUCUUAUCAACGACGAUACUAACAACAAUCUAUCCCAGCGACCACCAGAUAAAUCGCCAAGAUGGUCAACGUCCCAAAGACCAGACGCACUUACUGCAAAGGCAAGGAUUGCCGCAAGCACACCCAACACAAGGUCACCCAAUACAAGGCCGGAAAGGCUUCGUUGUUCGCUCAGGGAAAGCGUCGUUAUGACCGAAAGCAAUCUGGUUAUGGUGGUCAGACAAAACCAGUUUUCCACAAGAAAGCAAAGACCACAAAGAAGGUUGUGUUGAGAUUGGAGUGCACAUCUUGCAAGACAAAGGCACAGUUGGCAUUGAAGCGUUGCAAGCACUUCGAGCUUGGUGGUGACAAGAAGACCAAGGGUGCUGCAUUGGUAUUCUAGAUUUGUGCAUGCUACGACAAUUCUGUUUUCAUCGGGGACAAAUGGAUGGCUCAAAGGAUUUUGCGAGGAACAUACACAAUACACUCAAUGGUUGAGUGAUGGGGCGCGGGAGAAAAUGAUGUGGUUGUACUCCUCGUACCUCAUCCAAAGUUACCAAAUGAAACAUAGCAAAGUCUGCUGAUGACAUACCAUUCUGGAAGUUUCUUGCGUGAUAUAGUGCUUGAAAAUAUUUGCAGCCAUUUGCGUAUGCGUGACUGGGCUUUUACAUGGUUUUGAAGUGGACAAUAUGAAUGCUUGUUAUAAACAAUCUGUCUGCCAUUUCUUGUGCUAACGAUGGGUGAUUUCAUUUGGCGCACACAAGUUUUCCUGAUAGUGCUGCAUUCCGGUCUUGAGUACGACCUAAACGUGUCAUUGCGAUGCCACCUAACUCCUAGGACUGGAAAUACAGCAGCGUUUUCUUUAGCUUUAACUUAAAUCGACAUACAAGCAUUGGGCUUUUACUGUAAUAGCAGCCUUCAGAAGUUCUAUUAUGUAUGGGCUAAUAAAAUGACUUUGCA